CCUUCCUACUCCUUUGAUCCUUACAUGCCUGCUGGUCAUCAUGCCCCAUUCACCCCUCACAUUGGGGGGAAACUUACGGUAGCACUUUUUAUUGUCACCCUUUUUGCUUUUGUAGUAGAGAGCGAGUUCACACAAUAUGUCCAGACAGACCUCGGAUACAGACAACCUUUUUUAAUUUUCUACGUCGUUCAUUCGUCGUUCGCUAUCAUCUUCCCACUUCAUCUCUUAUAUCUAAGGAUGACCACGAAGCACUCGACAAAGUCCCUCGUAAAUGGCUUAUCAAUAGCUGUUGGUGACCACCUUUCUCCUUUGGCGUUCCCUCCAAGUUCGACGGACUUCCCUCGGUUCCGUUUCGUUUCCCUCAUACUCACGUUAACUGCCGGAAUCACGUUCCCGGGUCUCCUUUGGUUUGCUGCCAUCACUCUGGCUUCUGUCAGUGACGUGACUGCUAUUUGGAACACCAACGCAUUUUUCGCGUACAUAAUCUCUGUCCAGGUCUUUCACCUCAAAUGGGAGUCGCGCCGACUCCUGGCUGUUCUAUUGGCCACUCUAGGCGUUCUAGUCGUUGUCUAUGGAGGUAGCAUAUCCGCUCCUGAAGAAACAGGCACGGAGGUGGUGCAGGACUUCAAACGCCCUACGGCACCUCUCAUCGGCGACUUGCUAACAUUAGCGGCAUCGCUUAUCUAUGCAUUGUAUCAGGUUAUGUACAAAAAGUACGCUGCCUUGCCAUCUGAUCCGGAGCUUGUUUCCGAGAGGAUAUAUGAUCCACUUCCGGAGGCAGAUGAUUUGGACAUUGAGAAUUCCAGCGAAACGGAUACCAAGGAUACCGACACAGCCUGUCCGCCUCCAUUUGGAUUCCAUCCCAACUUCCUAACAUCGGCCAUCGGAAUAUGCACAUUCAUUUUUCUAUGGAUACCUAUACCUAUAUUGGACUAUUUUCAAAUCGAAGCCUUUGCCUUACCGGACAGCUGGCGGACGGUUCUGGCUAUAAUGACGAUUGCCAUGAGUGGUGUCGUGUUUAACGCUGGCUUUAUGAUUCUUCUGGCCAUAUGGGGGCCAAUCAUGACAUCAGUCGGAGGUCUCUUAACGAUAGCUCUCGUUUUCAUUUCGGAUGUCAUGUUCGGCGCCGGCAUGAGAGCCGUUACCAUGGGUAGUGUUGUAGGAUCAACAAUGAUAGUCGCAGCCUUCGGAGUGUUGGCAUAUGAUAUGGCUAAGCACUAGUUCAGAGUACACCCUAUAAUAUAGAACGUAUGUCUACAAUCUUAGUUCCAAUCCUAGUAGCAAUUCAAACGU